AUGGGGAAGAGGAAGUUCUCAGGGUUGGAGAUAACCCUAAUGGUGAUGUUUGUGCUGAUUGGGGCUGUUGCUAUAGCGCUGAUUGCACUGGUUGCCACGGGAACCUCAAAGGAAAAAACACUGCCAGACUUUGUACCAGUAUGCCCAAACAUCCCAAUGGCAGAAAGAGUCGACUGCUUCCCAGAUGCAGGUGCUUCAAAGCAAAAAUGUCAAGCUCGCGGCUGUUGCUGGAGUCCUUUAGAUGAGACCAACGUUCCCUGGUGUUAUUUCUCCACCAAUCACGGCUAUGAUGUCAUUAGUGAGAAUCAGCCCAGCAACACCAAGCGGGAGGCCAAACUGAGGAGAAAAGAUUCCCCCUCUCUGUUUGGUGGUGAUAUUAUCGAACUGUCAGUCAUCGCUGAAAUGCAGACAGAGAAUCGUCUCCGAUUUAAGAUCACUGAUGCUAACAAAGCCCGGUUUGAAGUUCCUCAUGAUCAUGUCAAGUCUCUGACCAGCUCUAUCAAUGGACCGCUCAACUACGAGUUUACACUCCUUAAGAAUCCUUUCGGACUCAGAGUUCAGCGAGCCUCCAACAAAAAAGUCCUGUUUGACACCAGUAUGGGGCCCUUGGUUUUUGCUGAUCAGUACCUGCAGCUCUCUGCCAAACUGGGCUCAAGUAACAUAUAUGGCCUUGGAGAACAUGUUCACCAGAACUUCCGUCAUGACCUCAACUGGAGAACGUGGCCCAUUUUCACACGGGAUGCGUUUCCCAAUGGUGGAACUCACAACCUGUAUGGCCACUACCCUUUCUUCAUGGGUCUGGAGGACGACAGCGGCAAAUCCUUUGGUGUUUUCUUAAUGAACAGCAACGCUAUGGAUGUGAUUUUGCAGCCGGCACCUGCCGUGACCUACAGGACCAUUGGAGGGGUUUUGGAUUUUUACAUCAUGCUGGGAGACACGCCCGAGGCCAUCGUUGCCGAAUUCACACAGCUGGUUGGCAGGCCGACUAUCCCUCCAUAUUGGGCGUUGGGCUUCCAGCUCUCUCGCUGGGACUACGGCAGUCUGGAAGAGCUGAAGAAAACCGUGGAUAGAAAUCGAGCGAUCGGCCUUCCCUACGAUGUCCAGUAUACAGAUAUCGACUACAUGGAGGAGAAAAAGGACUUCACGUACGACCUGGUGAAUUUUAAAGAGCUGCCGCAGUUUGCUGAUUACAUGCACACACAGGGACAGAAAUACAUCCUCAUACUGGACCCGGCCAUCGCCAUAAGCAAGAGAAUAAAUGGACCGUACGAGGCGUACGACAGAGGGACACAAGCUAAUGCAUGGGUCACUGAGGCUGAUGGGAAGACUCCACUGGUCGGAGAGGUUUGGCCUGGAGAAACUGUGUUCCCUGAUUACACCAAAAGAUCCUGCAUCGACUGGUGGGUUGAUGAAAUCUCUCGCUUUUAUAAAGAAGUGAAGCACGAUGCAAUCUGGAUUGACAUGAAUGAGGUGGCCAGCUUCGUCAAGGGCUCCAAUAAAGGCUGUGCUGAUAAUACGCUGAACUAUCCUCCAUACACACCCAAAAUUCUAGAUGCUCAGAUGUACAGUAAGACCUUGUGUAUGGAUGCUCAACAGGAGUGGGGGAGUCACUACGAUGUUCACAGUCUGUACGGAUAUUCCAUGGUUCUGGCAACCGAUGAGGCCGUGAAGCAGGUUUUUGGCAGUAAUCGUUCGUUCAUCCUCACUCGCUCCUCGUUCCCUGGAGUGGGAAAAUAUUCAGGCCACUGGCUCGGUGAUAACGCUGCCAACUGGAACGACAUUAAAUGGGCGAUUCCGGGCAUGCUGGAGUUUAACCUGUUCGGAGUGCCUUAUAUCGGAGCAGAUAUCUGUGGUUUCUUUGAUGACUCGAAUGAGGAACUGUGUACACGCUGGAUGCAAGUGGGAGCAUUUUAUCCUUUCAGCCGCAACCACAACGCUCAGGGCUACAAACCUCAGGAUCCUGCUGCUUAUGGCGAGGACUCAGUCCUGGUAAACAGUUCUAAACAUUACCUGAACAUCCGUUACACACUGCUGCCCUACCUGUACACUCUCUUCUACAAAGCUCACACCAGCGGAGACACGGUGGUACGACCUCUCAUGCACGAGUUUUAUUCUGACCCUGCUACAUGGACAGUGGAUCGUCAGUUCCUUUGGGGAGCAAAUCUGCUAAUUACACCCGUACUGGAUCCUGGUGCGGUCACGGUGAACGCGUACAUUCCUGAUGCCGUGUGGUACGACUACGAGACGGAGGAGAGAAUCACUGAGAGAAAGCAGCAUGUUACGAUGAACCUGCCCAUAGAUAAAAUGGGUGUACACAUCAGGGGCGGAGCCAUCCUGCCCAUCCAGAGACCUGCAGUCACUACUGUGUACAGUCGGCGCUCUCCCAUGGGCCUGAUCGUCGCUCUCGAUGACAACAGCCAGGCAUCAGGCGAGCUUUUCUGGGAUGACGGAGAAUCUCGAGAUACAGUCUUAUCUGGAUCCUAUAUCCACUAUCACUUCUCUGUCAAUCAGGGAGCGCUGACCAUACGUGCCCUCCACAACGGCUACACUGAUCCAAACAACCUGCUGUUUGAGAAAGUCACAAUUUUGGGAAUGAGCAACCCUCCAGCAAACUUAACUGUUACUGAAGGUAGUGCAGUUACAGCUGUGAACGAAUCCAGCAUUCAGUACGACCCAGUGAAAAAGUUGCUGAGACUGACAGAUUUACAGCUUCACCUGGGUAAAAACUACACCCUCACCUGGGACUCAUCUGCCUCCGAAUUACAGCGGUUUGACUGUCAUCCUGAGAAAGGCAGCAAUGAGGAGUCCUGCACUAAGAAAGGCUGCAUCUGGGAGCCGUCGACUCUGGAUAAAGUACCAUGGUGUUACUACCCCAGCGAUUACGGCUACAUCGCAGACCCUCCUCAAGAAACACCAACUGGGUUGAGCAUUAACAUCAGACGUAACAAUAAAUACCCAACUCAACGUUCUUUAUCCAGAGACAUCGACACACUGCGGGUGGAAAUCACCUACCUGAGCGGCCACUCGCUUCGAUUCAAGAUCUUCGAUCCGGUCAACAAUCGUUUUGAAGUUCCGGUUCCUCUGGACCUACCCACCACACCAGAGAUGCAGGAGGAAAAGAGGUUGUACACUGUGAAAAUCUCUCAAGAACCGUUUGGUAUUAUGGUGAGCCGAAAGAGCACCGGAACUGUCAUAUGGAAUUCAGUCGUUCCUGGCUUCACCUUCUCUGACCAGUUCCUCCAGAUCUCCACUCUGCUCCCCUCUCAAUACGUCUAUGGUUUUGGAGAGAAUGAACACUCCAGCUUCAGACAGGAAAUGAACUGGCACACAUGGGGCAUGUUCAGUAAGGACCAACCACCAGGGUAUAAGUUGAACUCAUACGGUGUUCAUCCCUUCUACAUGGGACUGGAACCAAUGUCUGAUGCUCACGGAGUGUUACUGCUCAACAGCAACGCAAUGGAUGUUACAUUUCAGCCGACGCCCGCUCUCACCUACCGCACCAUCGGAGGAAUCCUUGACUUCUACAUGGUGAUGGGACCUACUCCAGAACUGGUGGUACAGGAGUACACUAUGAUGAUUGGGCGACCAGUUCUUCCUGCUUACUGGUCUCUGGGAUUCCAGCUUUGCCGCUACGGCUAUGCUAACGAUUCAGAAAUUGCGGAACUUUACAGCGACAUGAAAGCAGCUGGUAUCCCUUAUGAUGUGCAGUAUGCAGAUAUUGAUUACAUGGAAAGGCAGUUGAACUUUGUGCUGGAUAAGAAUUUUACUGGACUUCCCGCUCUGGUGGAUGACAUGAGAAAGGAGGGCAUGCGCUUCAUCUUUAUCCUGGAUCCUGCUAUUUCAGGAAAUGAAAGCUCGUACCCUGCGUUUGAGCGAGGUGUAAAAGAUGACGUGUUUAUUAAAUGGCCUGCUGAUUUGGGCGGUACCAUCGUCUGGGGAAAAGUGUGGCCGGACAUUCCAAACGUCUUUGUGGAUGAAUCUCUUGACUGGGAGACUCAAGUCGAGAUUUACAGAGCCUACACGGCAUUUCCAGACUUUUUCCUAAGCCGAACUGCAGCGUGGUGGCAUCAAGAAAUCUUUGAAUUCUACAACAACACCAUGAAGUUUGAUGGCCUGUGGAUUGACAUGAAUGAACCCGCCAGUUUUGUCCACGGCACUGUCGGAGGAAACUGUGAGGGACCAAAAACAUAUGAUUUUCCACCGUACAUGCCAGAUCUGGAGUCUAAGGAUCUCGGUCUGAUCCACAAAACUCUGUGCAUGAACAGUCAGCAGUUCCUGCCCGAUGGUACUCCGGUUAAACACUACGAUGUCCACAAUCUGUACGGCUGGUCCCAGACUAAACCCACCUACGAUGCCCUGCUGCAGGUGACAGGAAAGCGUGGUAUUGUGGUGACUCGUUCUACGUACCCAUCCAGUGGGCGCUGGUCUGGGCACUGGCUGGGGGAUAACACGGCCGCCUGGAAUCAACUUGACAAGUCUGUUAUAGGAAUGAUGGAGUUCAGUUUAUUUGGGAUUCCUUAUACCGGAGCUGAUAUCUGUGGGUUCUUUAAUCCAUCUGAGCGUGAGCUGUGUCUGCGCUGGACACUGCUCGGAGCUUUUUACCCUUACUCAAGAAACCAUAACGGCAAAGGAAAUCCGAGACAAGAUCCAGUGGCGUGGGAUUCAGCUUUUGCUGAUGCAUCUCGAGAUGUACUGAAUAUCCGUUACACCCUGCUGCCGUACCUCUACACACUCAUGUUCGAGGCUCACGCCGAGGGCAGCACCGUCGUCCGACCCAUGCUGCACGAGUUUGUGAAUGACAGAGUGACAUGGGACAUUUACAAACAGUUCUUGUGGGGUCCAGCACUGCUCAUUACUCCUGUUAUGGAUAUGGGACAGACUGAGGUUAGAGGCUACGUCCCAAAUGCUCGCUGGUAUGAUUACCACACGGCAGUGAAGGUGAGUGUGAGGGGCGAGUUCAUCACCAUGCACACCCCACUCGAACACAUCAACCUCCAUGUAAGAGGAGGAUUUAUUCUACCAUGGCAGAAACCAGAGAACAACACCUUCUACAGUCGUAAUAAUCCUAUGGGUCUGAUUGUUGCUCUGGAUGAUGACGGAACAGCUAAAGGUUCUUUGUUCUGGGAUGAUGGAGAAGGAAUCGAUACUUAUGAGAAGAAACAGUAUCUCCUCACAACCUUCAGUGUCGACAAGAACAUGCUGUCAAACUCUGUGAUACUGAACGGUUUGGCUCCAGCUGAUCAGCUCACGCUCGGUGUUGUGAAAGUUUGGGGUGCUGGGAGUCUCCCCAUCAUUAGAGUUACCAUGACGACAGGAGAAACUGAGAGACCUGUGCCUUUUAACUACACUCAGUCAACAGAGGAGCUGAUCAUCGACCCUACAGCUUUCUCACACCCGAUCUCAGAAGUCUUCUCCAUCAGCUGGAGCUGAGUGGCGGAAAAAAAUCACCAAAUACAACAAACAAAUCCACUCACAACUUCUGUUGAUGUAAACUUAAAGCUGUGUUUAAAUGGACGAUGUAAAUUGAUUUUUGCUUGAUUAAUUUAACAGACACAAACACGAAAUAAACUUGUACAUGAACGUC